AUGAGCCGAUUCAACAAAGCGGCGCUCGAAAUCCGAGACUUGAACCCUGUUGUGGCUCUACACCACCUCACCACCGCUUUGAAACCAGGUCCCUUUGCCAACAACAUUUGCAAGAAGCCACCGACUGACAUGGAUGACCUGCGGCGGCGAGCCGACAAAUACAUGCAAAUGGAGGAAUUAGCUGAGUUCCGCAACCAGGCCAGAGCAGAGGUAGCGGCGAAGCCUGAAAAGCCGGCCGAAAACACUUUUCGUAACCGUCAGAAAGAACUGGUCCCUCGCGAGAGGCCCCCCCGCGGACCGAGGUAUUCUCAACAUACGCCGCUCAACACCAGCCGGUCGGCAAUACUAGAGCAAGCACUUGCUUCGGAGGUGCUAGCCGUCCCGAAAAGAGCUUCGACCCCUCCCAGGGUCGAUACUACCAAUUCUUGCAGGUACCACCGCAACCGUGGACAUUCGACGGAGGAAUGCUCGGCCCUGAAGGAUAAAAUUAAAGAUUUAAUCAAGGAGGGGCAGCUACAAGGCUUUGUGGACCGACAGAAUUCAUCCCGCUACGCAGAUCGGUCUCACCGACAGGAUCAUCAUGAACAAAGGACAGGAACACGCUCAUACCGAGAGCGCAGUCGGUCAAGAGAUCGAAGAGAAGGGGAACCUUCAGCACAACCCCGACGGGUUAUCAACACCAUAGCUGGUGGAUUCGCGGGCGGUGGCUCCUGCUCGUCGGCGCAACCGAGGCACUUGCGGGCCGUUCGGCACGUGUAUGCAGUGGAGAAAGUCGGUCGCCAUUUGCCUAGCAUAACCUUCACCGAGGCGGAUUUCAAAGGUAUCGACCCGGAACAAGAUGAUCCGAUGGUAAUCAGCGUUGAAAUUUACAACUGUGAACGGGUCAAGACAAAAGGAUAUAUCAAGUUGUCAACCCGGUUUGGGUUUGAAGGAUCAGAAUACCGAGAUAUUUCGGUUAAGUAUGUGGUAGUUCACGCCAACACAUCUUAUAACAUUCUGCUCGGCUGGCCAUCCUUGAAUCGGCUCGGAGCGGUCGUAUCCACUCCUCAUCUAGCCAUGAAGUUUCCAUCCGAUUCGGGACAAGUGAUCACCAUCCACGCCGACUAG